UUUUCCCUUACAUUUUCACUCGGCGUCCGUAAACUACAGACGGUACCAGUUCACUUUCUUUGAUACGUCUGUGGAAUUUCUGAGGUUGAAAUUUGAAAAAAAUGGCGGACACACGUCUCGAUUCGUUGAUACUGAGGUUGUUUGAUGUCGAAGCUGUGAAGUUUGGGUCGUUCACGUUGAAAAGUGGCAUACAAUCUCCCGUGUAUUUUGACCUGAGAGUCAUGGUUUCCUACCCAGAAAUAAUGGCAGAGGUUGCUGAGCUUCUGUGGGAGGCAUCGAUCAAGAGUGGCGCAGAUUUCAAAGUGGUUUGUGGGGUGCCAUACACAGCACUUCCAUUGGCAACACUGAUAGCUGUAAAUCACAAGAAGCCAAUGGUGAUCCGACGCAAAGAAGCCAAGGACUACGGGACAAAAAAGAUGAUAGAGGGCGCUUUCCAGCAGGGAGAUUAUUGUCUAAUUAUUGAGGAUGUAGUGACAACUGGUGGGAGUGUAUAUGAAACGGCUCAGUCUUUAGAAGCUGUUGGUAUGAAAGUACGUGAUGCAGUGGUGCUACUUGAUCGAGGCCAGGGUGGAAAUGGCAGGCUAAAACAACAAGGAAUCAACUUACAAAGUGUUAUAACCCUCCCUAAGGUGCUUCAGGUCCUAAACCAUCAUGGGAAAAUCAGCUCCAGUGUCAUGGCCGAGACAGAGCAGUUUAUUGUUGACAAUACUUUCACAAAUGGUGCAAAUACACCGACCCAAGUACAACCAGCAGCAGCCAAGAAACCUCGCAUGCAAAUGACGUAUGAGAAUCGUGCUGAGUUAUGUCAACAUCCUGUUGCUAAGCAACUCUUCUCCAUCAUGGCCGCCAAGAAAACCAACCUUGCCUUCUCAGCAGACCUCACAUCUUGCCAGAAAGUUCUUGAGUUUGCAGACAAAGUCGGUCCUCAUAUUUGCCUCCUGAAGACGCAUGUUGACAUCCUUGAGGAUUUCUCGGCAGAGUUUGUCUCAUCGUUAACGGCGCUGGCUGACAAACACAACUUCCUCAUAUUUGAAGACAGGAAGUUUGCAGACAUUGGCAACACUGUCAAAUACCAGUAUGGUUCCGGACUCUACAAAAUUGCAGACUGGGCGCAUAUUACUAAUGCUCAUGCGGUACCAGGACCUGGAGUCAUACAGGGGCUGAAAGAAGUGGGCGGGGCCAAAGGGAGGGCAUGUCUUCUACUUGGGCAGAUGAGUUCAUCCGGGAACCUUGCGACUGGCGAAUAUACAAAAGCAACUAUAAAGAUGGCGGAGGAUCAGGCAGACUUUGUGAUAGGAUUCAUAUGCACCUCAGGAUUGUCGUCUGAUCCAAGAUUUAUCCACAUGACACCAGGGGUCAAAUUGGCAGAGGGCACUGAUUCAUUAGGUCAGCAAUACUUGACCCCUCAGAAGGUCAUCGGACAGCAAGGAAGUGACAUCAUCAUCGUUGGACGAGGGAUCUAUCAGGCAGAUGACCCUGUUGAAGUGGCUAAGAUGUAUAAGGAGGCAGGUUUCUCUGCUUAUAUGAGCCUUCAUUCUUGAAGAUUUCAAUAAGUUGUUUAAUGAACUCAUUGAUAAGCCUGGGUGACAAGUGCGACUAGUGUCUUAGCCGCGACUAAUGCUGGCCGAGUCGAAUCGCGACUAUCGUUUUUCGAUUCCUUGGUUAAUCCUGAUGCCACGACUACUACAAAACAACAUGGUUGAUCGUGCCGCUAGACUACUACAACAAUAAUCACAACUACUACAAAAAUAAUCACGACUACCUGGUUGGUGAACCAGUUGUGUUGCUGACGACUAUUACCAACAACAUAUACUUAAAGGCAGUGGACACUAUUGGUAAUGACUCAAAAUAAUUAUUAGCAUAAAACCUUACUUGGUGACGAAUA